AUGCCAUCGACCACGGCAGAUAUUGUCAACCAGUGGGCAGCAGAACAGCUUGCGGCAUAUGAAGAAGCAUGCUCGCAGCCUGACCUGACGUUUAGAGAAUUGAUCAAAGUCCUCAAGAACGUCUUGGCUGGCAUCACAAGCACUGUUGAAGGCGCCAAUCGGAUAGAGUCCCUGGUAAUGAGUCCCCCGGAAGAGUUCUUCAACAAGUACGCAAGCGCAAUCUAUCGGAUCGUUCACGCAGGCGCAGCCUUUGACGACGACGUUGUUUUGCAGCGCCUUGCGGCAUUGACCGCCGCCCUUGCAGACUUGCCCAAUGCAAAGAACACCACGAACAAGACGCUCACCUGGGCAGAUGAAGAGCUGGGCAUCGAGGGCAAAGCAGCGCCAGGCAGGGCGAUAGUCCACGACCGUCAGCGUCUGUGGUCUGACCUGCCUACCUUCAGCGAUGAGAUGCGUCAACUUUGGAACGGCCCGGCAUCUAAGGCGCAGCGCGAAGAAGAAAGACUCUCCGAGGACGCGGUCCGCCAGCAAUGGUCCAACUGCAACGCAUUCGCCGCCCAUCUGACUAAGCUCUCGCAACACCGUGAUGAUGCUCUCGACUAUCGUCUGUAUGCUAUAUGGACGCUCAAGCGAGCUCUUGAGGACCGCGGUCAACCGCUCGAGCCGCGAAUCCAUAUCCCAGGGGCAGCUCAGUGGAUACGUCUCCUUGGUGAAGACUUGGGGACUGAGGAAAGAAAGUUUUCUGGCCACCAGAAGAAGACAAUGGGCGCUAUGGAGGACUAG